UUUCCCUCCAUGGUCCCUCCACAAAGAGCGGGAUCAUUCUCACCAAAUCCUGCGCAGACUCUUCAAACUGGCAGUAAUCAUUCACCCCAUCCAUCGCACACUGGCAUCCUGACAGCUGGCGCGAGUCCUGGCAUAAGCAGUCCAACGGGGGCCAACUCCCUGACGAAAAUUGUCGUCGCCCAAGUCUAUCUGUUGCUCAGCACCAUCAAGGAGGAUAAGGAUCGUGCCAAGUGGGAGCUGCAAGUUGAGCAAUUAAGAAAGCUUAUCGAUGAACACGGCAUGGAGGUCUUUUCCAAAUACUUCACCCGGUUGGUGGCGGGCAAUGCGCCCCAGAUCUUCCCCGGCCUCAACAGGCCCGUCGCCAACCCAGGCAACUACCACAUCCUCGUCGGCGAGAUGCGCAAGAUUGCACACGAUCCCGAUCAAGCAACAAAAAUUGCAGAGUCGAUUGAGAGUGGCACGGAGGACAUAUUCCGCGACUUUGAUUUGUCGACGUUCAUGGAGCACUUCAAGCUCGAUGCACUGGAAAAGACAUUGUUAGCUCUGGCAUUCAAAUUGGGCUCUCGACCCGACUUGAAGACUAAAGCGGAUGCUAUCCUGUCGACUAAUUUCCCCACCUUCAUGGACAUCAUCUCUCGACCGGACAUCGAAGCCCACGCUGAUUUGACGCCCGCUUUUGUUUCACUCAUCAUUGACAGGUUUCUGCAAUACUAUCCUCCGAGCUUCAAUGCCGCCUCCCGCCGAGACCUUCAGAAUGCUGUUGCAAAGCGAUACUUAUCCGUCGAUCAAGCGCCCCCGUCCGAGGUGCUGGCGGCUCUCGAUAUCAGCAGAGUCCUGGCUGAUCGGCCUGCCAACUCGUUGGCUCGCUACAUCCAGAAGGCUGGACCGGAAUUUACAAAGGAUGAAGAAUCGUGUUUCCAGUUCCUGCGAGGCCGUCCUAGCAACAUUCAGCUCGGUCCCGAGCAAGUCUCUGCUGCACUAACAUACACCACCAUCAGCCAAAACCCUCCACACGACCCUGCCAUCCUCGUCAAAGCCAUCCAACGCCAUGUGCCCAAGACUUUCGACUGGACAGAAGUUGUCCUUUGUUUCGACCAGCCCUCAGCGCGCAUUUCGUCUGCCCAAUUCUUGCGCCUCUACAAAGCUCUGCUGCCAAUUGCCGAGGAGCCAGCUAAUAACCUCGACAUUCAGCGACUCUGGGGCGGUUCUUGGAGCGAGCCGGAAGCGCAGCUGUCGUUUGUGAGCGCCUAUGCUUCCCUGGGGCCCGAACAACUCGACGCAACCACGAUUCCUGGCCUUGAGCGGAGCAUUACGCUUGAAGACUACGCAAACUCUGCACCCAACGUGCAGGAACGUGCUGCCGCCGUUGUCAAGCAUCCUCUUGUAUCCGUGGCCGCACUGUCAGCAAUCUUCAACGUUGCCCUCAACUCUGUCCACGCCUCGCAGAGCGUUGAGGCGAAGCGAUUGUUCCAAGAAGUUGUCGUCCCAAACCUCGACAUUUUCCUUGUCUCCGCCUUUGAGGUUCCCAGGCAAUCCUGGGCAGCCAUGGCGAUUGAUACGUUGAACUCUCUCUUCGAGACGUUCCUGUACAAGCGUUCCCCCGAAUACGACUUCGUGCUCGAUAGCCUCUGGAAGAAGGACAAGGAGUGGGUUGUUCAACGACUUAUUGAUGCGCAUGCGAUCAAGCCUGUUGAUCUUCCACUCAUCUUCGAUCAUGCCGCCAAGCAUAACUGGCUGGAGGAAUUGGUCUAUCUUCCCAAUGGCUUUGGCAUCGACCUGGCGGCCUUUGCUCACGCAGAGGGCUACUUGGAUUUGUCAAAGUGGGCACAGUACAACGCCGAUCGGAGUAAUGAGAUUGCUCGAACGCUGCUACAGUUCCUCAUGAUCAAGGCCAACCUCGAGAUUCAGUUCCAGCGUCCGCCAGAUGGUCAGCCACCGGUGAAGACCAGUACCAGUCUCCAGGUUCGGACCGUUUCGGCCCUGCUGCAGAUACUCGAGGACUUCCUUCCCAAAGCGCCGGUCCUCGAUCUCAUUCUGGUUCAGCGUCACUGCAUCACUGCGUACCCUCGCUUGAUUAACUAUGGGGAAGGAUACGAUGAUAUCAUUGAUGCGAACGGGAAGGACGGAAAUGCUCUGCCACAGGCCGCCAAUAGCAAGAUGGAGGAGCACUACAAGAAGAUGUACGGCGAUGAGAUACAGGUUCGCACAAUCGUCGAGAUACUGGACCGCUACAAACAUUCGCGCGAUCCGCUCGACCAAGACGUCUUCGCCUGCAUGAUUCACGGCUUGUUCGAUGAGUACAACCAUUACGUCGACUAUCCCCUCGAAGCUCUCGCCACCACCGCAGUUCUCUUUGGCGGCAUCAUAUCCCACAAGCUGAUUUCCGACCUGCCCCUGAAGAUCGGUCUUGGCAUGAUUCUAGAGGCAGUAAGGGAUCAUACACCCGACGAUGCAAUGUUUAAGUUUGGCCUUCAGGCACUUAUGCAACUUCUGGUGCGUCUCAGGGAGUGGCCAGGUUUCUGCAAGCAGCUGCUGCAGAUUCCCGGCCUUCAAGGCACCGAGGCAUUCAAGAAGGCGGAGGAAAUUGUUCGAGAUCACGAGGAGGAGCUUGCACGUGCUCGCAAUGGUUCAGGCACGCCACAUGGAGGGGGCUUCACCAACGAUGCUUUUGCCAAUGGAACCGGUGACGAACAGGCAAGCACUGACCGGCCUGCGCCGGCGUUCACAGCCAUCAGCGUCGACCCCCCACCUCCAGACGCUCAAUUCGAAGAUCCCGAUGAUGAAACCCAAGGCAAGAUCCAGUUUGUCUUGAACAACAUCACCGAGGGCACGCUGCAGUCCAUGUGCGCUGAGCUUCGCGACAUGCUAGAACGGAGGUACCAGCAGUGGUUCGCUACCCAUCUUGUCGAGGAACGGGCAAAGAUGCAGCCCAAUUACCAUCACGUGUAUUUGGAGCUGGUGAAACUGUUUGAAGACAAGACUCUCUGGGCUGAGGUUCUCCGCGAGACGUAUAUCAAGAGAUCGCACCUCAAGAACCUCGGAGGGUGGCUCGGUCUGCUCACCCUUGCCCGCGACUAUCCGAUAAAGCACAGGAACAUUGCGUUCAAGCAACUGCUCAUCGAGGCCCAUGACACGAAGCGUCUCAUCGUGGUCAUCCCGUUCGUCUGCAAGGUGCUCAUCCAAGCGGCAAACUCGGCAGUUUUCAGACCUCCCAAUCCCUGGCUCAUGGAUAUCAUUCAUCUGCUGAUCGAGCUCUAUCACCACGCCGAGCUGAAGCUCAAUCUCAAGUUCGAAAUCGAGGUCUUGUGCAAAGGGCUGAAUCUCGAUCACAAGAGCAUCGAACCCUCUGGAGAAAUCCUCAACCGCCCUGUCGUGGAGGAAUCAGACGCGCUUGUGCAGGAGCAGCUCGAAGCCUUUGACAGCUUGUCAUUGAACGGGAUUGGCUCGGCCGUUGGGCCCGGUCUGUCACCCCAGGUUCCAACCAUUCCAGACCUUGGGCCGCUCAUCACCAUUCCUCCCACCAAUGAAAUGGUGGUCAGCACCAGCAGACUGCACGAGAUUGUUCGGACAGCCCUCACUCGCGCUCUCCAGGAUAUCAUCCAGCCUGUUGUCGACAGAUCCGUCACCAUUGCUGCCAUAUCAACACAACAGAUGAUUCGCAAAGACUUCAUUGCCGAGCCUGACGAGAACCGCGUCCGAACGUCGGCUAUCAACAUGGUAAAGGCUACUGCCGGCAGCCUUGCCCUCGUCACGUCCAAGGAACCGCUGAGAGCAAACCUGACCAACUACAUGAGGAGCCUUGCCAACGACUUGCCUUCGGGCCUUCCCGAAGGCACCAUCAUCAUGUGCGUCAACUCCAAUCUCGACUUGGCUUGCAGCAUCAUUGAGAAGCAAGCUGAAGAGCGAGCUGUCCCGGAAAUCGAGGAGAUGCUUGAGAGCGACAUAGAGCACAGGAGGCGGCAUCGUCUUCAGAAUCCAAAUGAGCCGUAUCACCCAACCGGAAUCAACCGAUGGGCCAUGACGAUCCCAAGCCCGUACAAGAUACAGCCGAGGCCCGGCGGCCUCAACGCUGAGCAAAUGGCCAUCUACGAAGAUUUUGCCAGGCAACCUCGCACCACUUCUUCCACGGCGGCGUCCCACGCUCCAUCUGCAUCAGAGGCCACAAGGUCAUUGGCAAACGAGGUCCUCCAGGAGACGUACACUGCCCUGCCGAACAUUCCCACCCCCGCAGAGACUCCUUCGAUCCAACAGCUGGGCGCGCAGAUGCAACCCUAUGCGCCAGUCCAUAGCCUUGCCGCCGCCAAUGCGAUGGGCAACGGGCGAGCCGCCGCUGGCUUCCAAAUGGAUGUUCGAGGUCUGGCGGAGCGAGUCAACAAGCUGCUGCAGGAAUUGCUGCGCGUGGCCGGAGAGGCACGAGAGGAUCAUUUCGUGGGACUGCCUAGGCCGCAUCCCGUCCUCGAUGUUGUCGAUGCUCUUGUGCAGCUCAUUAUCAAGACGUCCCAGAACUCGGAAGAGUUUGCCAUCUAUGCUGCCGAGCAGAUCAGUGCACUCAUCUUCCAGCAGGUUGAGGACAACCUGACACUUGAGAGCCUUGUUCACGUGUUGGAGACACUGAGGAAGAUCUCUGGUCCGGCCCUGAACAGUCGAGUCCGCUCCUUGUUUGCUCAGCAGCCGGGGCCCAGCUUCCUGAGCUUGCCUUUGCUCGCAGCGCUGAUUCGAACCGACCUGCUCGACUGGCGAAACAUUGAUCUUGCAAUGUCCAAGGUCUUGGAAGCUCGCAAGGAAAACUCGCUCGAAUUCCUCGAGCACCUGCUCGACCUCACAAUCCUGAACAACCGGCCGAUUGCUUUAUACGCCGACUUCAUUCGCACACUUGAGGCGGCGUGGGCGUGGGUCAACGAAGAGCCGAGCUCUGCUACCGGUCAGCGGCUUAAGAACAAGCUGAUGGGCUCGAUUCCUUCCCAGCCGCCGCAAGGCGUAUCCGACUCAGAGGGUCAAGCGGAGCAGCAGGACCAGCUGGAGUAUGUCUUUGAGGAGUGGGUGCAUCUCUGCAAUAACCACAACGCAUCCAGCAAAGCUACGACCAUGUUCAUCCAGCAGCUGCAGGCAAGGCAAGUCAUUCGCAACCGCGACGAUUUCUUCUUCCUUGUGCGCAUCGGCGUCGACGUCUCGGUGGAGCGGUACGAGCACAUUCUGCACACCGGGGCCCUCGGUGAUGCGUUCAUGGCAACGGAUGCCUUGGCGAAACUCAUCGGCGCCUUUGCCAGCAUGUCCUCCGAAACGCUGGUGGCACGCGCAGCCUUUCUUGACUCGGCUGUGGUGCUGGUGUCUCUGGUCCUCACUCACCAUCACAUCAAUCGCGCCGAUCAUCUGAACCAAAGGGUCUUCUUCCGCCUACUGUCGCUGCUUUUCCACGAACUGCAUUCCGUCUGCGAGGAGCUGCCGGAAGACGACCGCCGCGACGUGAUGCUGAGACUUGCCACCAGACUGGAGAGCAUCGGCCCCCAGGCUCUUCCCGCAUUCGCAUUUGGGUGGUUGUCGCUCGUCUCGCAUCGAACCUUUAUGCCUGCAUUGCUGCAGCUGGCAGACAAUGCGGGUUGGAAGGCGUUUGCGGACCUUGUCUGCCAGCUGCUUCGCUGCGUGAGCGAGCAGCUCAAGUCACUCACUGUCUCGGAUGUCGGCAAGGAGCUUUCUCGAGGAACGGUGAAACUGUUUGUGGUUUUGCACCACGACUUCCCCGACUUCUUGGCAGCCAACCACGUUCGCUUCUGCGCCCUUAUUCCGACGCACUGCAUCCAGCUGAUCAACACGGUCCUGACUGCUACUCCUCAGCAAAACUACGGAAAGCCCGUCGAUAACCUCAAGGGCGAUCGGGUAGACGAGCUGAGGACAUACCCCGGCCUUGUCGAUGAGGCCGUUGCCACUCUGACAGACGCUGGGCUCUUGAGCGUGCUGGAUCAGGUCUUCCAAAACGGACCAGCAGAAGAGGCAGUGGCGCAGAUUGCACACACCAUCACGGCGUCAACCGAGACCACGUUUGGCCACGUGCCCGUCGCCGCGAACGCUCAGAUCAUCGGUGCAGUUGUGCUCUAUGCUGGUCACCAUGCCACCGAGCGGUCGCCGCCCGCCGCCGGCUCAUCGAUUUCAGGAAACGAGCCCGAGGCUGCCAUGCUGUCUAUGCUGGUGCACGAGCUGGCUCCUGACGCCAGAUAUUAUCUGGUGGCCAGUAUGGUGAACCAGCUGAGGUUCCCCAACCCUCAUACCGAGUUUUUCAGCCAGGUGAUUCAGCACAUCUUUGGGAAAGACAUGAACGAUCCCGAGGAAACAGAGAUUCGCCAAGAGAUUACCCGGAUUCUCCUGGAGCGGCUGGUAGGGUUUUGGCCGCAGCCCUGGGGACUCAUCUACACGGUUGUGGAGCUUUGCAAGAACGAGAAGAUUAUGUUCUUCGACCUCCCCUUUAUCAGAUCAACUCCAGAGGUUGCCGAGAGGUUCGCCUCAGUUAUUCAACGAGUAUAG